AGGAGGCGUUGUUUAAUUGGGCCCCUGACAAGAGUGGACUGCUAAGAGAGUUCUGGGAGGAUUACACGCUGGUGAUGGAGACGCUGGAGGAGAAUCAGGUUCAUGUUGUCCGCCCAGUUUUAAACAGAAUAGACACUUUAAUUCAAGCAACAGCGAAUGAUAGUGAAGGGUUAGGCCUGUUCCACCCCUCCUGGCUGCUGUGUGUUUACCAACGCAUGUUCCACAGUGAGAAUAAAUCCUUGAUGAGAGAAGGAGUGUGCCAUCUGCUUGAGCUACAGGUUCUAAGGCAGUCAGCAUUUGCUGCGGCAUUUUCUCAGUUUGUCGUCGGUCCCUUUAUGGAUGUUCUCUCUGAAACAUCCCUUUUCUGUAGGUCACCCGGGCAGAGUGUAGGAGAUUGUCCGGAGCUGGCGGGUAAACUCCAAGUUUUCCUGGUCAACUUCUUCAUGAGCCUGCCAUCAGAGGACAGAGGUUGUGUUUUGCUUCAGCUGAUUCAGCAGCUCGGAUCAAAGCACUGGUGUGCAGUACCACUCCUCUUCAUCUGCCAGGCUUUGUCCAAACUCCCUCAGAGUCCUCUGCUGAGGAGCAGCGGGCUCUCUGCUCUUCGGGAGGUACUUCGCUCUACUAUGAUCACCCAUCAGGUCCUGCUGAGAGGAGCUGCACAGUGUUUUUUACUAAAGAGCACCCUUUCUCUAAUAGAUGUGAGUGAAGUUACCAGAGAUGAUGUGUUCAGUUUCCUGAUGCAUUUCCGUGCUGAUGAGUCUUUGUGCAGAGGGACAACACUAUGGAAUGAGUUGUGCAUCUGGUUGUCGGAACAUGAUGGAAAUUUCAAGCCCAGAAUUCUGGAUGGUGAUUGCGUCGAUGGCCCAGCACAAAAAGAAACAAUAAGACUCUAUGUUCAACAAGAAGUAAUCGUUUAUCUUCGUGUUCCAGCAAGCACAGGUCAGGCAGAAAGGUUACCUGACAUUAGAGAGGCUGAUAAGUUGGCCAGGGCCAUUCUGCUCUGUGUGGACAUGGAGAGGAGGGAACUGAAGAAAGAUGCCAGGGAAACUCUGAGGUCAUUGCUGUCUCCACUACUGGACACCCUGAGCAGAGUCUACACCAAUAUCUACCUGCCUGUCCAUAAGAGCGACAAGAGUCUGCAGCUUAUGUUAAGACUGUUGCAGCUCAGCACAAGGCCACGUUGUCAGCAGCAAGGAUUGGAAGAGGACGAUUUGAUGUUGGCCAUUGAACAAGCUGUUGUUGAAGUUGUGGAUCCAGUCCAGAAUUUUAUCCUAAGGAGGCUCUGUGGGGAGCUACAGGAGCUCUUUGACGUUGAACGGGCUGAUCUGUAUCUCUGUGUCCUGAAGCAGCUGGCUGCACUGAGCAGCUCUCUACCUCAUGGCUCUAAGAACAUUCAUCAGUAUGCUUCGCCUAAACUCAUCAUGUAUAGCCUUUCAGUGUUAAAAAAGCCAACCCAGCAGAUCCCCUCUGUUGCAAACCAGGUGUCUGAGGCGGUUAGUAUGGCAUCUUUGGCUGCUGUGUGUGAUCUGCUGCAGCAGGGAGGGACUAACAUGUCAUCAGAGACUGCCUCUGCCCUAAAGUCCCUCAAUGAUUAUUUCUACACUUUUGACACUUCUACAAAAUCUCAACCAUCUCUUGGAAACAUUAAUAAACGUCUGAUGAAACCACAGCUGUUAGAUAGUACAAGUGACCUUGUGACUCAAGGCCUUCUGCAGCAGGACUGGGGGCGCAUUGCUGCCAGCUUCCUGCGGGACCAGUGGGUUUGUCUAAACUUCCUGAUCAGGUCUGUAGGGAUCCCCAAAGUGUCUGAGACCCUCAGGGCUGCUCUGAGCUGCAGCGUUGAGGCUCUGGCUCUGCUACCCAGUGACCUUGUCCUGCCUGUGUUGAACUUUAUGAACAUGGCGCUGCCACAGCUGGUGGACGAUGAGGAGGAUCUCUGUGUGCAGGCUGUCAAUCUGAGUUGGGAGCUUGUACAGGGGCUUAGCAACAAUGCUCAUGACUUCUGGCCAGCCUUACAAGGCUUCAUUUCUAUAGCCUUCCAACAUGAGCUGCUGAAGCUGAACCAUCAGCAGGCUCCAGCUCUGACCGCAGCGCUGAAAAGGAUUUUUACGGAGGUAGUGGAGCUGUCUCAGUCAAAAAGUGGAGUACUUGGUGUCCUAGUUCAGCACUGUACUCAGACAUGGCUGCCCGGUGAGGGAGGCAGCAGUGAGCUGGCUGAUGGGAUUUUUUCUAGCGUCUUUAACCACCUGGAUAUAGUCACUGAGGCUUGUCUAUAUGGACCAGUGUUCAGGAGAGAUCAACGACUCAUCCAAGAUGUCCAAAUAUUCGUGGAGCAACUUGGUGAAAAUUGUGCAGCUAAUGUUGCAGUUGCUAGUGAUAACAGGGACGAUCAGCUACCCCGCACAUGUGUGCUGACCUUCCUCAGCCGCCUGGAUCCCUGUAAUCAGCAGCAUCAGAGACUCAUAGAGGAGUUAGUGGUGGAGUUACUGAGAAAGGACAGCCUCAUAUCCAAGGCUAAAGUCCGUUACUAUAGCAACUCCCUGCAGCAUCGCAUCAAAAACAGAGCAUGGCAAACACUGCUACUGCUGCUUCCCAAACUCACAGAGGAAUUUGUUGCCACUCUGUUGAACAGCGUGUUUGAAGCUGGAUUUUGUAGCAACCAGCCUUCUGUGAAGUACCUGAUUGAAUGGAUGAUGAUUCUCAUCCUUGUCAAGUAUCCUCAUCAUUUGGACAGAUUCUGGACCUGCUUCAGCUUUGACCACGAAAAGACCAAGACCAGCAUUUGCACCUUCCUGUCUGUCCUGGUACACAUAAGUGUCAUUAUUCCACAUGUUGAGGAUAAAGUCGACCAGCUGCGUAAAGCACUGGACAUCAUCCUGCAGUCGUGUUUCAACCACAACUUUAGUGUGCGUCUGUAUGCCUUAGUGGCCCUGAAGAGGGUGUGGAGCCUUGCAGAAAGCGUGACAGAGGGUGAUGCCUUCAGAGGACUGUCGUCUGUGGUGACGGCUUGUCUGAACCAGGCUGAGGCCAUGCAGAACUCUGGAAAUGCCAACAAGAACUGGCUGAGGAUUCAGGGGCACUUCUUCUUCAGUGCUUUUCAUCCCAUCCGGGAUUAUAGUCUGGAAACCAUCUUCUACACGUUUCCUAGUCUGUCAGAGUUGGCUGAUGAUGAGUGGAUCCCACCAUGGAAGUUUGAAAAGCUCUCAUUUGCUUGUGAAAGUCUAUCAACGCCGUUGAGGAAUCCUGCUCCAGAUUUGGGCCGGCUCCAGCCUGGAGAUUGGGUCCAGCAAGACCGAAGCGAGCAGGAUAAAGAGGAGCGCUGGGCUGAAGUGCAGAAGAAGAUCACACCCUGGAGGUUGGGGGUCCAUGAGCAGGAACCUGAACUAAAGCUGGUUCCAGCACAGAGGGCGGCUCGGCUCGGCAAGCAGCACGGCACCCUGCUGGUGGUGGCCUCACUGAUCGACAAACCCACCAAUCUGGGAGGUCUUUGCAGGACAUGUGAGAUAUUCGGGGCCAGUGGUCUGGUUCUGGACAGUCUCCACCAUCUCAAUGACAAACACUUCCAGUCCCUGAGCGUCUCAUCCGAGCUUUGGCUUCCUUUGUUUGAGGUGAAGCCUGUGGAGCUCACAGAUUUCCUGCAGGUAAAGAAGAGCGAAGGUUACUGUAUCGUCGGCGUGGAGCAGACAGCCAAUAGUCAGAGCCUGCAGGACUUUAAGUUCCCUGAGAAAACGCUGCUUCUUCUGGGCAAUGAACGGGAAGGUAUUCCUGCCAAUUUGCUCCAGAUGUUGGACGUGUGCGUGGAGAUCCCUCAACAGGGGAUCAUCCGUUCCCUCAACGUGCACGUUAGUGCCGCGCUGUUGAUCUGGGAGUACACACGGCAGCACCUCAUCACUGGAACAAAUGAAGCCGACUGAUGUUGCUCCUAAACAAACUUCCAGAAUCCUGUCUGGGUUCAUUCUCAUCUGAACAAAUUUUAUGCCUUAACAGGAUCCUUUCAUGGGAAUCAGUUAUUUUAACUAAAUGUUGCUCUCAGCCGUCUGGAAAACCAAUGGAGGCUGUUUCUGUGUAGCAGAGCUGCUGCAUAAACAUGUAUUUGUUACUCUGACAUGUUGUUUUUUGACUUUAUUUAAAACUAUAUUCUGUUAUAGAUUUUUGCUACAUCUUCUAUAGUCUAAAUGUUUUUUUAUUCAUCUUUUGAAAUUAAA